AUGAGUGAGGAAAAAUUUCAUCUCCAUCAAGAAAAAAUAGAUAAGUAUACAAAAGAUGAAUACAAUUGUCACUCUUAUCUUUUGAAUUGUCUUGUCGAUCAUUUCUAUGAUUAUUAUGAUACAACUUAUAAUUAUGCCAAGAAAAUAUGGAAAGCUUUACAAAGCAAGUAUGAUACCGACGAGGCUGAUGCAAAGAAGUAUGCUACUAGAAUAUUUUUCUGUUACAAAAUGGUGGAUGGAAAAUCAAUGGUGGAUCAAGCACAAGACUGCCAAAUGAUCAUGGUAGAAUUGAGAUCCGAAGGCAUAAAGAUUGGAGAUAAUCUGGUGGUAGCUAGCAUAGUUGAUAAGCUACCACAAUCUUGGAGGGAGUUCCAAAAGACUUUGAGGCACAAACAAAAGGAGACAUCCUUGGAAAAUUUGAUCACACGCAUCCGUGUGAAUGAGGAGACUAGAGGACAAGAUGCACUCAUGACACAAGAGAGGUGGUGGGCAAACUCUGGUGCUAAUAGGCAUGCCUGCUAUGACAAAGAUUGGUUCAAGUUAUACACUCCCUUUGAAGAAGAAAAAACAAUUAUGCUUGGUGAUUCUAGCAAAACCAAGGUUCUUGAGAGUGGUGAGGUCGAUUUGAAAUUCACUUCUGGAAGUGUGCUAACAUUGAAAGCUGUGCUUUAA